GAGUAAAGAACCAACAAAAGGUAGCAACAAUUCCAAGAACCCUAAUUUGUUUCUCUAUCGCAGUUUUUGAACUCCGCCUGAAGCGCUACGAAAAUCCAUCCUCCAAACUCAUUCAGCUCGGAAAUUGCUCCAACAAUCACUUACCAACGACACCAAUGAAACGUCCCUCUUCGGUCGGAAACCCUGAUACCACCGACUCCCUUUUCCAGAGUAAUAAACGAAUAAUGGAAGGAUCUAUUUUUGGCUUUCGCAAGGCAGAGCCAUCUCAGCAGCAACCAAUGGCGACACCACCAUUGGAUAUGCGUCGGGCUCAAUUGUCUAGACAGCAUGUGAGAGCUCUCAAUGCCCAAUUUGCAAGUUGGGUCCAAACACAACUACAGAAUCACCCCGAUGAACUUUGGGAAGAUGGAGUCCAAGACUACCUGGCUCAUGCUACAAACAUAAUGGAGAAAUUUAAUGACGUUGUUAGUUGGUUGAGAGCAAAAGCUUCUUGUAAUGGAGAAAGUUUCUCUGCAUUGGGAUCUCACGCUGCUCCAAAUAACCUUGUGCUUGAAAGUAAGGAGAACCAGAUAAAAUCAUCUAAGGAGGAAACUGACUUUGCUCGACCUAGUGCAACUGCAGUCUUCGCUCCUUCAUGGGGGUCUGGAGCUCUCUUCUCAAGUCAAAGCCCUUUCACAUUUGGAAACCAGAUCUCAGCUCCCUUAAACAAUGAUGCCUCAAAUGAAGCGGAUGAUGAAGACUUGCAGCAGCCUAGUAGCCCAUCUGUGAAAAAGACUGAAGAGAAGGGUGUUAGUGUGGUGCACGAAGUCAAAUGUAAACUUUAUGUGAAGUCAAGUGAUCCAGCAGAUAAAGAUGCGUGGAAAGAUAAAGGCACCGGCCAGCUCUCCAUCAAAUGUAAAGAGGGGGUCAGCAAGUGCACAAGAGAAUCUAAACCAACAGUUCUUGUUCGAAAUGAUGUGGGGAAAAUAUUGCUUAAUGCAUUGCUAUAUCCAGGCAUCAAAACAAGCUUGCAAAAAAAUUCUAUUGUUGCAAUAUUUCACACUACGCCUGAUAGUGGAAAUGACGGUGGCAACAGUAAUGGUGUGGUGGCACGGACCUUCUUAAUACGGACAAAGACGGAGGAGGACCGGAAUAAGCUAGCAGCAGCGAUUCAAGAAUAUACUCCGGCCGCUUGAAGUAUUCUUUUGGGAGUUAUUUCAUCCCAUUGUAUCACCUUCAAGCUUAAACGAAUUGCAAAUGCAGUGUUGUAAUCUUUGGAUUGAUUUAUUGCGCUGAUUUAUAGUUAUAAUUCAAAAA